AUGGGUGAAAGGGGAGGAGGGGUGGGUGUGUGUUGGGGGUGGACGCACUUGGCGGGAUGCAUGUGGGCACCGCCCGUGGUGGCCAGGAAGGACCGGAAGAGGGCUGAGUUCACGUCUGACGGGGUGGGCGGGAUCGGCGGCGUGAAAGCGGUCUCCCACCAGCGGCGGCAGGGGCGGUCCACGUCGGACGCCGGGGACGGGGACAGAAGCGCACGCGGGUUGGUGGGUGCGCAUUUCUCGACGGGCGCGAGGAGGGGCUUGGCAGAGGAAGCCGAGGCGGGCGGCCCGAGUUGGGUUGUGGGUGCCGGUCUCGAGCGCAGGAGCUCCGUAGAGGAGCGAGGCGAUUGGAGGGAGAUUGCGGGGAUGGCGUUGGCCCACGGCGGCGCCGCGGCGUGCGCUCCCGGCGGCUGGAGGCGAGACCGCGAGGGGCGGGGGGGUUGCGGCCAGGGCCGGUGCACCGCAGGCGGUGUGAAGGCCGGCGGGCGAUCCACGGCGGCCGCUGCCCACCCCCCCUGGCACACCCUCCCCCUCAAGCACGUCAUCGAGUCCCAGCAGUUCCAGCCCGACUCCCUUGACGCCAUCUUCGGCGUGGCGCGCCAGAUGGAGGCCGUGGCGCGCGGAUCGCCGGAGUCCCGCAUGCUGGCGGGCUACAACAUGGCCACGCUGUUCUACGAGCCGUCCACGCGCACGCGGCUGUCGUUCGAGUCGGCAAUGACGCGGCUAGGCGGCGCCGUGCUGACGACCGAGAGCGCGGGGGAGUACUCGUCGGCAGCCAAAGGAGAGACGCUGGAAGAUACAAUACGCACCAUCGAGGGCUACGCGGACCUCAUCGUCCUACGCCACUUUCAGGCCGGCUCUGCAAAGAAAGCGGCCUCGGCCGCAGCUGUGCCGAUCAUCAAUGCUGGCGAUGGGCCUGGCCAGCAUCCAACACAGGCCCUUCUGGACGUCUACACGAUCCAACGCGAGCUGGGCCGUCUGCGGGACUUCAAAAUCGGCAUGGUGGGCGACCUUUCCAACGGCCGCACGGUGCGCUCCCUGGCCUUCAUACUGGCGAUGUACAGCGGUGUCAAGAUGUACUUUGUGUCGCCCGAGAUCGUCAAGAUGAAGGACGACAUAAAGGCGCACCUGACAGAAGAAGAGGUGACGUGGGAGGAGGUGGACGACCUGAGGGAGGUGGCCCACGAGGUGGACGUGCUGUAUCAGACGAGAAUACAGAAAGAGCGGUUCCAGGAUCGGCCGGACGAUUACGAGCUGGCGAAGGGCAAGUACAUAAUCGACGGCGCCCUCAUGAAGGAGCUGCAGCCGCACGCCGUGGUGAUGCACCCCUUGCCACGUGUGGACGAGAUCACCACCGAAGUUGACGCCGAUCCCCGCGCUGCGUACUUUCGACAGGCAAGGAACGGCCUGUACAUCAGGAUGGCCCUCCUGAAGCUGUGCCUGCUUGGUCACUAG